AUGUUUUCUUCAGGCCAAGCUUUAGGUGGCCACAAAAGAUCACACUUGAUUUCCGAAGCUAAAAUGAAUAAAGAAAACACGAAUGUGAUCAAGAAACCCAAUGACCUCUUUUGUGAAACUCGAAGGUUUCUUGAUCUCAACAUGCCUCCUGAAGACGAAGAAGAAGAAGAGAUGGUUAUGAGCAGUAGUACGACAGAGUACAAGUCAUACUUCUGGGAAGAUGGAAGUAACCACCAUAACCGUGAAUCAACGCUACUAGGCUCGCUAAAACAAAGAUAA